AUGAGGCUUCCCGAGGGUCUGCCGACUGUGGGCGGUGGUACCGAGUCAUUCUGGCGUAUUGACCUUCACAAACUCGAUGACUAUCGCUCGACCGAACAUCUUCCUGAGCAGUCAGGCAUUGUCAUUAUUGGAGCUGGCUACUCAGGCGUUGCGACGGCAUAUCAUCUGUUGGAAGCUGGCAGCAAAGCGUCAAUAACUUUACUCGAAGCCCGCGGCGCGUGUAGUGGUGCAACAGGUCGCAACGGAGGCCACCUCCGCCCUGAUCUUUACGGCCACAUCCCAACAUAUAUCGACCGUCACGGAUUGGAAGCUGGAGCUGAGAUUGCCGAAUUUGAAGCUGCUCAUAUCAAGGCCUUCAAAGAAGUUGUGAAGAAGGAAGAUAUCGACUGCGAUUAUGUUAUUACGAGAACGACAGAUGUGUGGUGCAAUCAGGAUGCCGCCGACAAAGUCAAGAGUACAUACGACAAAAUGGUUGCAUAUGGGCUGAAGCACAUGGACGACGUGCACUUUGUCAUGGGGAGAGACGCUGAAGGUGUCAGUGGUAUCAAAAACGCGAAAGCAUGUGCCACAUACACUGCUGGCACUAUCUGGCCUUACAAGUUCAUCAUGACUCUUCUCGGAGUCUUGCGAGACCGAGGCGUUAACAUCCAGACAUACACCCCAGUGAACACUAUCUCUGCCAAUUCCGACGGCACAUGGACAGUCUCAACAUCCCGAGGCGACAUCAAGACUCCGAAAGUCGUUCAUGCGACCAAUGCUUACACAAAAGCUCUUUUGCCAGAAUACGAGAAGAAUAUUGUGCCAUGCAAAGGCAUCUGCUGCCACAUCGCAGUACCAAAGGAGGAUAUCGCGCCUUUCGUCGGCAACUCCUACAUCAUCAGAGAACAAGGAGACCCUAGUGUCCUCAGCUAUCUAAUACCAAGAUCCGACGGCGGUAUUAUUGUUGGUGGCUCACAAGCAAUCUUCAAGCCUCAUCUCGAGCAAUGGUACAACAACUCCGACGAUGCCGAGCUGAUUGAAGCCUCGAAGGACUACUAUACCAAUUACAUGCAGAACAACUUCCGCGGUUGGGAAGAUACCAAAGCUGAAGUGCAGAAAAUAUGGACAGGCGUUAUGGGUUAUUCAUACGACAGCAAUCCUCAUAUUGGUGAGGUGCCCGGGAAGCCUGGUCAAUACAUCUUGUCUGGCUUCAAUGGUCACGGUAUGCCGGUCAUUUGGCUGGCAGCUGAAGGACUGUCUGAGAUGCUUCAUGAGGGAAAGAGUUUUGAGGAAACGAGGGUACCAAAAGCGUUCAAGACGACACAGGAAAGAAUCGACAAAGCAAAAGCAGGCCCUGAGGGCGGUGAUAUUCUUGCUUGA